AGGAAUAAAGAUUCUCUCUCCUCUGUUUUUCUUUACGUUACGCUCUUACUUUCUCUAUAAGUACACACUGCUUCCGCCGCUCAUACGCAUACGGUUUUGAGAUUUUCCGUUUCCUAAAGCCAGAGCAGUAAAGCGCACCGUUUUCCCUUUUCCCAAAGUGUUUUUCACUUUCAAAAUCAGAAACCGAAUGAAGUUCUUCUCCGAUCUCAAAUCCUGCUGCCUCCUCCGCCGGACCUCCGACCAGGAGGAGGAAACCACCCUCGCCGCCGCGCCUCUGACUUCCGUCCCCAGGCGAACCCGCUCCCGGCGCCCGAAAUCGACCGACGGCGGCCCGCACUGGCGCCCCGGACUGUCAAUGAUUUCGGAGGACGGCAUUCUCCCGCCGCCCGGAACCAACGCCGAUCGCACGGCCCUGUCUGCGAAGUGCGCAAAGAAUCGCGGCGCCACCCGCGCCGAGGACUACGAGGAGUACAGACGCAGGAGAGCAUCAAUGCAGAUGAUCAUUCCGGCAUUGUCGCCGACGCCGUUCAUGUUCUGAGCUUUGAAGGGAUUCUGUCUUCCAUUCACUUCCUUCUUCCAUAUAUAAUGAUGUAUAGUGAUUCUUCAGGGCUUCUUCUUUUUGUGAAGAACAGUACAGUAAAGCAUAUAGAUUAUAUAUGCCUUUCUUUCUUAUGAAUUAAUGAGCAAAAUUUCAUUGUUGAGGAAUGGCUCUAUUCUAAUUUUCACCUCUAUGUUCUGAUUUUUUUUUUCCCCUUGAAAUUUAAGAACACCAGAGCAAUGAAAAGUAUAUAAUUCCAUUCUGUCCUGCUAA